CAGCAGUUGGCUAUACCUGUGAUCUACAAUGAAUGCCAAAUCUGCAAUCAGCAAAGAAAUUUUUGCCCCUCAUGAUGAAAGGAUGCUGGGAGCUGUUCAAGUGAAAAGAAGAACAAAAAAAAAGAUUCCUUUCCUAGCUACUGGGGGUCAGGGUGAAUAUUUAACAUACAUCUGCCUGUCAGUGACGAACAAGAAACCAGCUCAAGCAUCUAUAACGAAGGUGAAGCAAUUUGAAGGCUCUACGUCCUUUGUCAGGAGAACGCAGUGGAUGCUCGAGCAGCUUCGCCAGGUCAAUGGUAUAGACCCUAAUCGGGAUUCCCCGGAAUUUGAUUUACUAUUUGAAAAUGCUUUUGACCAAUGGGUAGCAAGCACAGCUUCAGAAAAAUGCACAUUCUUUCAGGUUCUACAUCACACUUGUCAGCGAUACCUUACAGAUAAGAAGCCAGAAUUUAUCAACUGCCAAUCUAAAAUUAUGGGAGGAAACAGCAUACUCCAUUCCGCAGCAGACAGUGUGACAAGUGCAGUACAGAAGGCAAGCCAGGCCUUGAAUGAGCGUGGUGAAAGGCUAGGUCGUGCAGAAGAAAAGACAGAGGAGCUGAAAAACAGUGCUCAGCAGUUUGCAGAAACUGCACAUAAGCUUGCCAUGAAGCACAAAUGCUGAGAUACUGCCCAAAGCUGAAAUCUUCCCAAGAGAAACUGAAAAGGCUACAUUCAGCAACUUUUACAGGAGAUCCAGUCUUCUGUGUUCUUUUUCCUUCCAGUUCAGUGGAGAUGCGUUCUUUCAGUUUCUGUGCAGGAAGAAGUGUUGCAUUUCUGCCUUUCUGACUUACUUUUUUUCCUCUUUUGUAAUAUUACUACACAGUCCUGCAGUACUUUCUACCUGUAUUUCAGUUGUUACAGGAGUGAAAGCAGUGGAACUGGACCAAAUGACAAGCUGAUCAGGAUUAAAAUAGUAAUAUUCUUCCCUGGUUGUACAAAAUUACUGAGCUGAUUGUGAACAUGCUCGUGAAAAUAAAAUCCAAAGAAGAGGUAUAAUUUUCUUCAUUUUAUGUAGCAUCAGCAGAAUGUGAAUGUUGGAAUUAAGCACCUGGGGUUGUAGCUAUAGUGGAGAAUAGACUGCUUUGUCCUGGGAAACAGAAAAACUUGUUUCUUCUACCCAAUGUAGGAAGUUUUGCAUGUGCACCAGCAUUCAGAAGUGUAUAUCUGAAUUUCAUUCAUAUCAGCAUUUUACAUAUUCCUAUUUUCCCUUCCAGAUUGAUCAUUUGAAUAGUAUACUGAAACCUAAAGAAUGUAUGCUUGAGGUUUCAAAAUAGAGGAAAAAGUGAGUUUUACAUCUAUACGCACAUAGCUGUGCCUCAAACACAAUCUAGAAUUUAGCAAUCUGUUAUCAAAUAACAUUUCUUUUUACCUGUGAUUCUGUGGCUAAAGGCCUAUGAAGAUGAGAAUGCAAAGGCCUGGGAAAAUGAGAAUGCACUAUUUUCAAGACAUCUGUUUUUUAUAAAUUCUACAUUAAGAGCUUUUUUUGAACAAUUCAGAGAUUUGUCUGAUUAGAAUUACAUUUGUGUUAGUUAGUUUUCUGAUUUUCAAUAUAGAGGCUUUCAAAAAGCAUGUCUUGGUACAUUAGAAUCUACUUGUAGAUUGAGUCUCAGCUUUCAGUAUGCUGUCACUAGAAGGGUGACACUACUUCGUUCUGUAUUCACUAUAUGCAAUAUAUGCACAGUAUUCUCUUACAAAAAUAAGUAGGUUACCCUUUUCCUUCAUAGCUGUUUUCUUAAAAUUUUUAGAAUGUUCUAAUAUGCUUUGAGAAUGAAAAAAAAAAAAAGGAAAAAAAGAUGCCACUUUUUCUUUUUUUAAACUGGUAAGCUAGAAAAGAAAUCCUGGCAGAAGGUACAGCCUUCAUCUUCUGAAAAUGCCUGCUGCUCUUCGUUUUUGUCCUCAUCUUACCAGAAAAGCUGGCAUUGAAUGAAUGUACUGUAUUCAUUGUAGAAUAAGAUUUUUGCAUUAUUAAUGACACUUGUAACAGUCUGAAAUCCUCAGAGUAGUGCUUAUAAGAGAGAUAAAAGCUACCGUAGUAAUUGAGAUUAUUUUAGUUACUGCAAGCUGAAAUAACUGAAAAUCUCUUGGAAAUACCCAUUUUGUAAAAAGAUGCUUGGCUUUAGGAAAAUAUUCCCAUUCAAACUUAGCUGAUUGCAUUCAAAUUUUACAUCUGGGGUUUUUUUCCCUGUAAUUUAAAAGGCUUUAUAUGAAGCUUUUUAUUUAAUUUCACACUGGGAAUUGAGAGAAUGGGUCAUCUGUGUAGUACCAUAUGAUCAUUUAGAUCUGUUUAGCACCAGCUCCAACAGUUACCAAAUCUAGAACCAUCAAGUGAAAUGGAAUUUGGUCACUUCUGUUAUAAAUCGGAACAGGUUCGUUAACGACACAAGUUUUGAACACUCUGAGUUAUGUGUAAUUAAUGCCCUAGAAAUGUCUGAACACUGUUGUAAUGAUUAUGGGUAUUUCUGCAAAUUAACCAGGAAAACAAUGUCUCAUAAGAAAUUAAACUUCUGCUAGGUACAAAAUGUAAGGCUAUUAAACAA